AUGGUACCUAGAGAUUUAGUAUGGCAGGCAAUAAGACUUAAAGAUAUAACAGAAUCGCACAUGAAAAUAAUUAUGGAUAUGUGCCGUAAUACCGUUACCAGAUUAAAAAGUUCGACAGGUGUAUCACAUGAAUUUUUGGUAACAGUUGGAGUCCAUCAUAGUUCUGCACUUAGUCCGUAUCUUUUUAAUCUAGUUAUGGACUAUGUAACAUUAGAUUUUCAAAGGCCUACUUCCUGGAACAUCUUAUAUGCUGAUGAUGUAGUGCUGAUAAAUCCAGGAAGAACCGCUCAACAGAACAUCUUCAUUCAGCUAUCAUACGACGUUAAGUAUAGAUCGAGUGUAGGCUGGCUAAAAUGUAGGUCUGUAUCUGGAGUUCUGUGCGAUAAGAAAAUGCCCAUAAACUUCAAGGGCAGAGCGUACAGAACUGUUGCGAGAUCAAGGCUAGAAAACCACACUGCAUUGAGUAUAGAAAAAUCACCGAAACGAAGGGGACACCGAGAGCGACAUGAUUGCAACAACAGUCGACCCUAA